AUUGUCAGGCUGGCCGGCUGCCCUGACACUUCAAACUCCACUGUGCGGUGCAAAGGAAGCGAGACGGCCCAGGGGCUGGUGCAUGGCGGGAGUCAGAGUCACCAAGGUAGACUGGCAGCGAUCGAAGAAUGGCGCUGCCCACCACACCGAGGAUUACCCCUGCUCCGAGCUGGUGGUUCGCAGAGGCCAGAUGUUCGACCUGACGCUGGAGGUGAGCGGAGUCCUGGACAGCGAGGAGGACUUCAUCUUCACAGUGGAGACAGGGCCCCGGGCUUCUGAGGCCUUCCACACCAAAGCUGAGUUCCAGACAUCAGAGGUGCAGGUGAGUGAUGCCUGGGCUGCCGUGAAGGAGGAGCAGACAGAGAGCACCGUGGCCAUUAGCCUCACCAGCCCGCCAGAUGCCGUCAUCGGCCGCUACCUGCUGAGUGCCAGGGCCUGCUCCCGCCGCAGGCACAGCGACCGGAAGCUGGGCGAGUUCAUUCUCCUUUUCAACCCUUGGUGCCCAGAGGAUGACGUGUUCCUGGACUCAGAGGAGGAGAGACAGGAGUAUGUGCUCAACGACAGUGGCGUCAUCUUCCGCGGCGUGGAGAAGCACAUCCGGGCACAGGGCUGGAACUUCGGGCAGUUCGAGGAGGACAUCCUGAGUAUCUGCCUCACCAUCCUGGACCGCAGCCCCAGCCACCAGGCCUACCCAGCCACCGACGUGUCACGCCGCUAUGACCCCGUCUACGUCACCAGGGUCAUCAGCGCCAUGGUGAACAGCAACAACGACCGGGGCGUGGUGCAAGGCCAAUGGCAGGGCAAAUAUGGUGGUGGCACCAGCCCACUGCACUGGAGCGGCAGCGUGGCCAUCCUGCAGAAAUGGUUCAAGGGCAGGUUCAAACCAGUUAAAUAUGGCCAGUGCUGGGUCUUCGCUGGAGUCAUGUGCACAGUCCUCAGGUGCUUGGGGAUCGCCACCCGCAUCGUGUCCAACUUCAACUCGGCCCACGACACGGACAAGAACCUGAGUGUGGAUAAAUAUGUGGACUCCUUUGGGAGGACCCUGAAAGACCUGACAGAAGACAGCAUGUGGAAUUUCCAUGUCUGGAAUGAGAGCUGGUUUGCCCGGCAGGACCUGGGCCCCUCUUACAAUGGCUGGCAGGUUCUGGAUGCUACCCCCCAAGAGGAGAGUGAAGGUGUGUUCCAGUGUGGCCCAGCCUCUGUCACUGCCAUCCGUGAGGGCGACGUGCACCUGGCCCACGACAGCCCCUUCGUGUUUGCGGAGGUCAACGCCGACUACAUCACCUGGCUGUGGCACGAGGAUGAGAGCCGCGAGCGUGUGUACUCAGACACCAAGAAGAUCGGGCGCUGCAUCAGCACCAAGGCGGUAGGCAACGACUCCCGUGUGGACAUCACAGGUCUCUACAAGUACCCAGAAGGAUCGCGGAAGGAGCGACAGGUGUACCGCAAGGCCGUGCGCAAGCUGUUCAGCACCGAAGCCCGUGGCAGGCGGGGGCGGGGGCGCCGGAGCGGCGGGCGUGGUCUCUGGCGCGACGCCCUCCUCCUGGAGCCCCCCAGACAGCCCAGCAUCACCGGCAAGUUCAAGUUGCUGGAGCCCCCAGUACUGGGCCACGACCUGAAGCUGGCCCUGUGUCUGGCCAACCUCACUCCGCAGCCCCAGCGCGUCCGAGUCAAUAUAAGCGCCGCCACCAUCCUCUACACCAGAAGGCCUGUGGCUGAAAUACUGCAGGAAUCCCACGCGGUGAGGCUGGGCCCCCAGGAAGAGAAGAAGAUCCAAAUUGUGAUCACUUACUCCCAGUACAAAGAGGACCUGACAGAAGACAAGAAGAUCCUGUUGGCUGCCAUGUGCCUUGUCACCAAAGGAGAAAAGCUCUUGGUGGAGAAGGAUGUUACCCUGGAGGACUUCAUCACCAUCAAGGUGCUUGGUCCUGCCAUGGUGGGAGUGGCAGUUACAGUGGAGGUGAUGGUGGUGAAUCCCCUGUGGGAGACAGUGAAGGACUGUGUGCUCAUGGUGGAGGGGAGUGGCCUUCUCCAAGGACAACUCAGCAUUGACGUGCCCAGCCUGGAACCCCAGGAGAAGGCCUCGGUCCAGUUCAGCAUCACCCCUUCCAAGAGUGGCCCAAGACAGCUGCAAGUGGACCUCGUCAGCUCCCACUUCCCGGAUGUCAAGGGCUUUGUGGUUAUCCACGUGGCCACAGCCAAGUGAGGGAAUCCUCUGGCAUCCGAGAGGGACGGGUGUGGCCGCCAGUUCCCCUCCUGUCUACCUCUCUGUGUCCCUCCUGGGGGGAAGCCAGGAGGGCCAGGUCAGCCCUGCUUCAGCCUCUGCCCUACUUUGUAAACUCAGGUGAGUCUUUUUCCUUCAUGGACCUCAGUUUCCCCUUCUGUAAAACGAGGUAUUGGAGACACAAUGGGUGAUGGAAGAACCUUGACCACCUUCAUCUUCUCAUCAUGCUGUUAUCUGGAAGCUGGCCCUGCUGGUCCACCUUGGCCUACACUUGGAUUCUCCCUGCUUUUCUCCCAGCUCUCUGAAUGCCCUGGUCACAUGCAGGCCCAAGAAUCCUGCCUCAGGCCCGAUAGAAAACCUAGAUGUGUGAGAGUUUGUACCUAAACAGGUGCCUGAAAAGCAAUCCAGUGUUUGCCAUAAGAGACUUCCCUCCAUGGAGACACUAACUCAGGAUCUGAGAGGCUGAUGCUGCUUGUUGUGGCUGGAGAAGAUAAGGGAGAGACCUUCCCAGAGGAUCGCCUCCCCAUAAAAUCUACAGCCUCGAAUCUGGCCUGGCUGUGGCCGCCCAGGAGCCGCCAGCCCAGUGACAUCCAGUGUUUGCUGCUGACCUUGGAACGAAGUGCAGUGGCGCCUGGGCAGGACAUUCCCAGUGGCUCACCUAAGCUGUACAGCUCAUGUGCAUUGAGCUGGAACAUUCCCAGACCCCAGGCCGAGAGCCGGUGUGGACAUCAGCCAGGCCCUGAGGCUGACUGUGCUGUCUGAGGAGCUCCUGUCUGCAGCCCUUCUGGAGUGGCACAGGACUUCAAAGCCAUCAUGGCAGCUAAACACUCUGCAGAACAACAGAGCAGGCUCAUCUGCAGAGAGACACCGCCUGGAUACAAAUCCGAGUGAGAAUCAGUUAUGCAGUGGGUUUUGGCUCAACGCAGGUCGGGAAACACAGGGCUACGGCCACCGUUGCUCCCAUGCACAACAUGGAGAUAGGAUUCAGGGAACUGGAUGAGUAGAGGCGCCUAACGGGUCAGGGCUGCCCGGCCCCAGGACAGCCCCUUUCCAAACCUAGGUUGUUGGUGCUGAUGCUGAUCAGGAAGCAACUGGACAGACAGGGCAGUCAUUUCCUGCUGUUUUGGUCAGGACAAGGCACGGGGCAAGUGAGGAGAGAGCUGACAUCAACAGGAAGUCACAUAUCA